UCCUCUUUCAUCUCACCAAACAACACAAUUACUCACACUUUGUUCCUCUCUUCCUCUAGAUUUAGUAAAGAUGGCUGCCGUCACUGCCGCCGUCGCCGCCCCGAUUGUUGCUCACUCUGUCGUCCGUCGUAAGGCCUCGGCCGCCGCCUUCACUUCUCCCAUCAUAGGGUUGCCGCAAAUUCGAACUCGGGGAGGAGCUAUUAGAUGCUCAUCUGAGGGGAAGCCGGCGACGAACAAGAAAAUUAACAAGUCAAUGGCGGCGAUGAUGGCGACGAGUAUGAUCGGUGCAACAGGACCUGCGCUUGCGUUGGUGGAUGAGAGGAUGAGCACAGAGGGGACAGGAUUGAGUUUGGGAGUGAGCAACAAUUUACUUGGUUGGAUAUUGCUUGGAGUAUUUGGGCUUAUAUGGGCACUCUUCUUUGUCUAUACAAGCACAUUAGAAGAAGAUGAGGAGUCUGGAUUGUCACUUUGAAAACAAAAAUGUAUGUGUAUGUAUUUGAGAACUUAGGGUUUAUGAUAUUUUCUUCUAAGUUUGAUGAAUGGUACAAUGUUUGAUGAAAAUGUUGUGUUAUAUUAUGAAAUUUUGUUGUCUUUUUUAUGAUAUUUGUACUAUGAGUUGGUAUUUUAAUUUUAAUG